CCAAGCUGCACACAGGUUCGAGACAGGAAGUGACGGAGACGCUGAAGGUGACCGAAAGGAGGGGCCUGAACAGGGAGCUGGCAGGACGCCUGGGUUCACGCAAGGCUCUGAGGACAGGGCACCCCCGCUGAGCCCCUCUCCCCACCCCGAAAGCUGUUUCCAUCACGUCGUUCACACCGGCGGCUCCAGGCAGGAAACGCUGCGUCACGACAUCGACCACUUCCCCCCCCAGCCGCGCCCGGCGCCCGACGCGGCCCCGGCCAGCCAUGGGGCACCGCCCGGCCCGGCCCACGGGUCCUCGCCACCCCCCACAAGCCGCUGGUACGCCGGGCACCCUCCACUCCCAGCCUUAACCCAACUGCCGACGAUGCCCCCGUCUCUGGCCACCAGCCCCCAGCUCCCGCCCCCUUCGCCGCCCCCCGCCCCGCCCUGCACCGCCUGCCUGGUGCCCAUGGUGGCGCUGGCCGGGGUGGCCGGCCUCUUCGUGGUAAUCUCGGCUCUGCUGGGCGAGCGGCUCUUCCGGGGGGCCCGGGCCCGGGGGGUGCCCAGCGUGUGGCGCCGGGGCGGGGCUCUGUGGAUCGAGCCGGCGGCCCCGGCCCAGCCGGACAGAGGCCCCCAGGCGGAGACGGGCGACCUGUGGAUCCCGCGCCCCCCGCCCAGCGCUGAGGACUGGUACCGGGGGCCCGCCGGCGGCUCGGGGAGCGGCACCUCCAGCGGCAUCCACUCGGGGGCGCCAGAGAGCUCCGGCAGCAGCACGGCCUUGUGGGACGCCGAGGCGCCGGCCUGGGGAGCCCAGCCCCACGUCACCCUGCAGGACAUCUCCGACUUCUUCCGGCGCGGAGGGGGGAGGGGGCCGUGAGCACCGGCGCGGAGGGGGGCAUCAGGAGGCGACACCCCCCCCCCAAGAAGCAGGAUUCACCCCAUGGAUGUUGGGGCAGAACUGAGAUUUUGGGGGGCCACUUUGAAAAUUGGGCGGGGGGGCCCACAAGCCCACUGAGACCCCCCCACACACACUGUCCCCUGGCAUGGGGCUCUGUUUGCGCUCUCCACUGUUACUUCUCUCCUGCCAGGAGGCUCAGCUGGGCCUGCACCCCCUCGCCUCCCCCGCCCGCCAUCGGGCACAGAGGGGCCGCUCUAUGGGACACGGGGAAUUUCUGCCAGCGGCCGGUUCGCGGGGCUAUGGACGAGUGGCCAAAGCUCCUGGCUCCGUUAACACCCCCUGGGGGGUUCCGGUGUCCCCCCCCCCAUUCACCCCCUGUGACGAAGUGGGAAUGUUCUUAAUGUUUUCGCUGAAUAGUGUGUGUGUGCCUCAGUUUCCCCUUUGCAUUUCUUAAGUCUCUAGGUGGUGGGAUAAGGGGG